GGGCUAAAGGAGGAGAGCUAAAGGAGGAGGGCUGAAGGAGGAGGGAGUUACACAUGAAUAUAAAUCUCUGCUGGAAGAUACAUGAUGUCUUUGUAAACAGUGAGGACGGAAUAAUAGGAGUUUCAAGAAAUUGAAACAAACAGAUCAUUCAAACACCAUCAGUGUGUGUGUGUGUGUGUGUGUGUGUGUGUGUGUACCUUUAACUGUGCUGAUGCUGAGGACGCCCCCACCCCCCAAUGAGGGCGGAUCUACACUGCAGACUGCAGCCUGUUUAUAUCCAGCCUGCAGUUCACUGCUGUUACUGCCAUCACAGCCUCCAUCAGAGCCUCCAUCAGAGCCUCCAUCACAGCCUCCAUCACAGCCUCCAUCACAGCCUCCAUCAGAGCCUCCAUCAGAGCCUCCAUCAGAGCCUCCAUCACAGCCUCCAUCACAGCCUCCAUCACAGCCUCCAUCAGAGCCUCCAUCAGAGCCUCCAUCAGAGCCUCCAUCACAGCCUCCAUCACAGCCUCCAUCAGAGCCUCCAUCAGAGCCUCCAUCAGAGCCUCCAUCACAGCCUCCAUCACAGCCUCCAUCACAGCCUCCAUCAGAGCCUCCAUCAGAGCCUGAAGACUCUGAGACCACCCCCAGGAUGAUUUGCGGCGUGUCUGCCCGCCUCCAGCACUCCCGGCUCCGGGCUGCAGGUUUGGGCUCGGUGCAAGAGGCGCUGCGGUACCAGAGCCAAGACUUCAGGGUUCUGCAGGAGGACUGUCUGCAGAGCGGGGUUCUGUUCCAGGACCCCAUGUUCCCCGCAGAACCUGGCGCACUGGGCUUCAAGGACCUCGCCCCCUACAGCACCAAGACCAGAGGCGUGGAGUGGAAGAGACCGCCGGAGAUGACGGAGAACCCGCAGUUCAUCGUGGGCGGAGCCUCGAGGACGGACGUCUGUCAGGGCGCACUCGGAGACUGCUGGCUGCUGGCAGCGAUCGGCUCUUUGACUCUAAACGAGCGUCUGCUGCAUCGCGUGGUUCCUUUCGGACAGAGCUUCCAGCAUCAGUACGCCGGCAUCUUCCACUUCCAGUUCUGGCAGUUCGGGGAGUGGGUGGACGUUGUGAUCGACGACCGGCUGCCGGUCAGAGAAGGGAAGCUGCUGUUCGUUCACUCUGCUGAGGGGAGGGAGUUCUGGAGCGCUCUGCUGGAGAAAGCCUACGCCAAGCUGUGCGGGUCCUACGAGGCUCUGUCUGGUGGCAGCACGUCUGAGGGUUUUGAGGACUUCACCGGCGGAAUGUGUGAAAGCUUCGAUCUGAAGGAAGCUCAGCGGGAUCUGCAGAGCAUCAUUGGCCGGGCGCUGAGCCGAGGCUCGCUGAUCGGCUGCUCCAUCGAUAUCAGCAGUGCUGUGGACAUGGAGGCUGUGACUUUCAGGAAGCUGGUGAAAGGUCACGCCUACUCUGUGACGUCCCUCAGACAGGUGGAGUACCGUGGUCAACACAAGAUUCUGAUCCGGAUCAGGAACCCCUGGGGACAGGUGGAGUGGACCGGAGCCUGGAGCGACAGCUCCUCAGAGUGGAGCAGCGUUGAUUCUGCAGAGAAAGACGAGCUGCUCUGUCAGAUGGAGGACGGAGAGUUCUGGAUGUCAUUCCAGGACUUCCUGCGUCAGUUUUCCCGUCUGGAGAUCUGUAAUCUGACCCCUGACACUCUCAGCUCAGAGGCUUCUAGCUGCUGGAGCUCGUCCCUGUUCCAGGGGGGCUGGAGGAGGGGCAGCACCGCAGGGGGGUGCAGGAACCAUCCCAAUACGUUCUGGAUCAACCCUCAGUUUAAGGUGUGUCUGCUGGAGGAGGACGAUGACCCAGAGGACGAGGAGAAGUCAUGCAGCGUGCUGGUGGCUCUGAUGCAGAAGGACCGCCGCCGCCACCGCCGCUAUGGCCAGGACAUGCACACCAUUGGCUUCGCUGUGUACCAGAUCCCUGAGGAGUACGUAGGCUGUCCCAGCGUCCACAUGAAGAAGGACUUUUUCCUGCACCACUCGUCCUGCGCUCGCUCUGAGACCUUCAUCAACCUGCGGGAGGUGAGCGCAAGGCUCCGCCUCCCGCCCGGAGAAUACCUGGUGGUGCCGUCCACCUUCGAGCCAUCCAAGGAGGCCGACUUCGUGCUGAGGGUCUUCACGGAGAAAAGGGCCGACACCACGGAGAUGGACGACAAAGUGGAGGCUAACUUAGAACAAGAGGUGGAGAUCUCGGAAGAUGACAUCGAUGAUUCUUUCAGGUCGAUGUUUGCUCAGCUGUCCGGAGACGACAUGGAGAUCUCGGUGCAAGAGCUGAGGACCAUCCUCAACCGAGUAGUGUCCAAACACAGAGACCUGCAGACGGACGGCUUCAGUAGCGAGUCAUGUCGAGCGAUGGUCAGCCUCAUGGACAAAGACGGCAGCACCCGCCUCGGCCUGUUGGAGUUUCAAAUCCUCUGGAACAAGAUCCGGAAGUGGCUGGGAAUCUUCCGGGACUUUGAUCUGGACAAAUCCGGCUGCAUGAGCUCCUACGAGAUGCGUCUGGCUCUGGAGAACGGGGGCUUCAGACUGAACACCCAGGUGCUCCAGAUGCUGGUCGCUCGGUACGCCGACAACGAGGUCAUCGACUUCGACAACUUCACCUGCUGCCUGGUCAAACUGGAGGCCAUGUUCAGAGCGUUCCAGGCGCUGGACACCGGUGGGACAGGGAGCGUGACACUGAACGUCUCCGAGUGGCUCUGCAUCAGCAUGAGUGGAUGAGCGUCUGCAGACCGGCCAAGAGACUGUGGGAAAACACAGGAAUACUGCAGAGAUACUACAGGAAUACUGCAGAGAUACUGCAGAGAUACUACAGGAAUACUGCAGAGAUACUGCAGAGAUACUGCAGAGAUACUACAGGAAUACUGCAGAGAUACUGCAGAGAUACUACAGGAAUACUGCAGAGUACUUGCAGUAAUAUAUGAGUAAUACUACAGUAAUACACAGAGUACUUGCAGUAAUACUACAGUAAUACACAGAGUACCUGCAGCACCUCUGCACUGUCCUUCACUCAUGUAUUUAUCUAUGUAUUAAUUAAUGUAUUGAAGUAUUUAUGUAUUUAUUGAAUCAUGUAUUGAAGUAUUUAUUGAAUCAUGUAUUGAAGUAUUCAUGUAUUUAUUGAAUCAUGUAUUGAAGUAUUCAUGUAUUUAUUGAAUCAUGUAUUGAAGUAUUCAUGUAUUUAUUGAAUCAUGUAUUGAAGUAUUCAUGUAUUUAUUGAAUCAUGUAUUGAAGUAUUUAUUGAAUCAUG